CUUUCUAACAUACAAGCUUAUUCUGGCUGGGAAAAAAGAGAGCACCUAGAGAUUUUUAAAACCCAAACACCCGGCCGACUGCACACCACGUUCAGUAUGUAAAUACUCUCAUAUAGGUUCUUCUCGUUUUGGAUUUGGAGUUUCUAUAUCACAUAAUUCCAUUUAAUUAUAAAUCUCCUUCAUUGGAGCACGUGCUGAGAUACACCUAGCUACAGUGGUACUGUGUCUUGGAUUUUGUGAAAACAUGGCGGCCUCUUUUUAUAGCACAAGAAAGAGAGAGCGUGAAAGAAAGGCAAAACGACAGGCGGGAAACAUGGGCAAAGGAAAUCAGAGGCAAGUCGAUGAGAGAGACGAUCCCCUGGUAAUUCUUAAGGAGGACAUAGAAAAGAUCCGAAUCGCCUUGUCGGAUACCUCCUUCACUCACAGACAAAGAUGGCGUCAAACAGAGGACUUAGGACUGCCAAGUUCAAUCCGGGUGUGCUCCAAACUUAAGGGCAAGAUUUCUCAUAUGACGAGCAUGGAUUCAUCAGAAGCUGAUAAAUUGGCAGCAGUUUAUGAUGAAUUUUGCAAAACGAUCAAUGUUAUGUCAUCGGAUUACAGCGAGUUCAUGUCCCACAUAUUUGAAGAGGAAGAAUUGGCCAAAAAGUUUUACAACAAGACGUGCCUAGACAUCCUAGAGCUCUGGAAAAGUUGCUCAACUGCAACAGUAGACUUGAUGAUUCCAUUGAUAGAACGGUUUUGGGAAAAUCAGAGUGAAUUCGAACAACUAUCAAAGAAAAUCGCCGACACAUGUUCUUCCUGUGUGAAGUUUACAUCGACGACAGUCAACCUGACUCAGCAUGCCAUACCAAAUGACUGUGGCAACAAAGUUCUAGAGACAGCAACAGAGAGUGUAAACCAGAUAGCAGACACUCUCAAUCGACUAAUACAAGCCAUGCUCAACACAUCCAUUAAAGUGGCAGACGAUGCUGUGUUAGAUAUGACAAUGUGGCUGCUGUUUAGUAUUCAUCACGUGACCCAAAACGUCUUACAGCAAACCAAAAAAUCCAAACCAGCGGAAGAAACUGAGACUACUGAGAACAAGGCUACAGAGGAGCAGGCAAAAGACGAAGAACCUCCGGCGACUUCUACUGCAAUAAUAGCCAGCGUCAAUGCUCUACUUGUCAACCUUGACAGCUUACAGAUGGAACUUAGUAAUCAACAUAUACUCGAGAAAAAUGAACAGAAUGGUGACGAGAACGGACAAAACGAUGACAGCUGUAAGAACGAUCAACAAGCUAUCGACAAACUAGCAAACGUAUACAAAGGUGUUGUUGAUAAGAUUGUUGAAAAUGGAAAAGUAACAGUCUGUAUUGAAGACGCAAGCGGAAGUGACGCAACGAUUUACUAUAAGCCUGAUGUAUACACUGAAGUGGCAAACUGCUCACUUGGGUCUUGCCCAAUGAAAGAUCGAGACACGUGGUUGGAUGAAAUUCCAUUAACGUCUGACCAGGUUCUCGUUUCUGACAUCUACGUCGUUAGAAACGGACCUUUACAAACGUCAUCGGAAGUUGAUAUAGACUUCACCUACUUGCCGAUGUCUAGUAUAAACAACAAAAGCAUCAAAGUCAUCGCAAAACAAGAUGGUGCCUGGGCAGACGUCGAGACAGUGAACGAGGAAAUGAAUGACUGCGAUGCUCACCUCACCUUUAAAACCAAGAACUUAGAGGCUUUUACGGCAUAUGUCGAAAUCCUCUCGGAGAAUUGUGAAGUGUCACCCGAUGAAACGACCUUCAAAAGCGAGUCCAACCCAGAUGUCAAGGUUACGUUCGCAGCUGGAUUAGUGACAGAAACAAAGCAAGUCAAAAUCAAGGUUAUACCAUACGAUUUGAGGGAAGUAGCAGCUUUAAAAGAAAGAUGUCCCGAUUCAAUUAUGGGUAUUGUGUCAGCUUCUGAUGCUGUGGAAAUCCGAAUGGACGGGGAAUAUGACGCCACAAAAAACCUGACAGUUCAAGUGUCUAUGGAUGAUGAGGACGACCCCGAUACACAGCUAGUCGUCAUCAGAUUUAUUGAGGGUAAGGUGCAAGUUUUGGAUAAGUCCCAGUGCCGCCUUAAAAAGGAUAGGAACAUCUUCUUGGUGGACACUAAAGGCAUUUGGGGAAUUGCGGUUGCAAGAAUUAGGAAGAUAUUUCUAAAUAUGAGAGACACCGUUAAAAAGGAAUUUCAAUUGAUCUUUGGAUUAGUUCAGCUCUGUAAUAUCUGCACGUUCAUUGAUGAUUCACAAAGAAACAUGGAAGAAGGAUCGUUCUUCGUAUGGAUUGAAUGUAUUGAUAAGAAUAUGAUUCGAGAGGACGUUGAAAACAAGCAGAAAGCAGGACUAAUUGAGGUGAAACAGAGUCGGUCGAAAGACAUCACUCUAAGGCAAAAACAAACCCUGAUUUUGAAAACAGAUGGACAAAUCAAACUGCGUUUAUCUGAUCCACCAGAUGCAUUUAAGAUCACAUAUUUGAUUGGUGCAGACAAUCACGUGAACAUUCCGAUGGAAGUUCAUAGAGACCAAGAAAAAAUCCCAUACGCUUCGUUUGCAUUUUACGAGGAAGACAGUGGGAAUCCAAUUCAUACUGUGAACAUCCCAGUUAGGGACCUGUCUGAAUUACCCACAGAUCAAGUUACAGCGAAAUCUUUUAAUAAAAACAAUGAAAGCAACAACCUCAGGGAGCAGAUGAAGAAAAAGGAGGAUGGUGCAAAUAAAAUGUUGUCCCAUGACAGUAUCAUGAAUCUAUCACGAGUCUUGUCGGAAAGAGAUGUGCGCAUGCUCGGUAUUCAGUUAGGCGUGGAUGAAGCUUGGAUAGCUCGUGCUAAAGAUGACUGUGAUGGGAACAUUCUGCGAACCAAUUUCCGAGUGCUUUGUGAAUGGAGAGGGAAGUCAGCUAGGUCUGCCAUGAUUGAUUUCUUAGUAUCCUCCUUAAAAACUGUUGGUAGGAAUGACGUGGCCACUAUCAUAACCAACGUCAACAAAAAUGGGCGUGGUUUACAGAAGGAGGAUUUCGAUUGAUUUAGAAUUUGUGAUGCAUAAUGACCAGUAUUUUUGUCUAUUCUGUGAUACAAAAAAACCUUAUCUCUUUAAAUCGAGUGCAUGUUGUAUCAUGUGUGUUCAUUUUGUUUUUAUUGUUUGUUUUACCCAAGACGUUGCUUGAAGUUUGACUAUUGCAGCUUUAUAAUGUGUCGAAAGCUUUUAAAUAUGUAAUUAUGUCAAAUACGGAUUUAUGGUGCAGAUGUAAUUUUUAUUAUGUACAUGUAUGUUACUAUUGAAUAAACCAAUUUACAAUUCAGA